GCAUGAAUCGAGGUCGACGUCGUGGUGGCGGUCCGAACUUAUCAGGUCUUCGUGAUGGUGUGAAACGUCGUUUAUUUGAUCCCCACUCUGUUCCUACCAAACCUGAUCCUAAGUUCGAGUUUGAAAUAACGGCCAAAAUGGAAGCUGCAUUUCGUUCUGGUCCAUUUUAUCACUCAGUUCCAGAGCUAUCAGAAGGAAUCGAUGUAUCGUCUUUAUUAUCCAGUAACAGCUUAAAUCUCAGAAAAAAAUCACAAAAUAUGGUAUCUCUUUUACAUCUUCUGGUCUCUCAUGAAAUUAAUCAGUGGUCUGAUGAAGAUAUGAACAUAAAAGAGCCUGAGGAUUUCUAUCCCAAAGAACUGAUUUCUCGAACCCGAAUCAAUUUAAAAAUCACUGAAACUCUCCCGGAAAAUGACGAAGAUGUAGAGAAAAUCGAUGUAAAUAAUAGUGAAAAUGAAGAUGCAGAUUCAGAAGAUGCUCGGUGGAAUGGUGAUGUUAAUCAAAAUGAUGAAAUUGAUGAACUUGAUGAUGAUGAAUUUGAUAAUGAUUAUUGUCAAGAAUAUUUCGACAAUGGUGAAAAAGAUUUUAGUGAUGAUGGUCUAGGUGGUGAUGAUGAUGGAGGAGGUGCUAAAUAUUAUGAAUAA